AUGUCCAAGCCUAGGGGACGUGGGAGGAGGCCUGGGACUGUUGGGCCACCAGUGCGUAGCAUCCGGCCCUUUAAGUCCAGCGAGCACUACCUGGAAGCCAUGAAGGAGGAUCUGGCCGAGUGGCUUCGGGAUCUCUAUGGGCUGGACAUCGACGCGGCCAACUUCCUGCAGGUCCUGGAGACAGGCCUGGUGCUGUGCCGGCACGCCAACGCCAUCACGGAGGCUGCCCUGGCCUUCCUGGCUGAAGCACCUGCUCGAGCCCAAAGGAUGCCCCUGCCUCGGGCUGGGGUUUCCUGCAACGGGGCUGCCCAGCCGGGCACCUUCCAGGCCCGGGACAAUGUCUCCAACUUCAUCCAUUGGUGUCGAAAGGAGAUGGGCAUCCAAGAGGUGGUGAUGUUCGAGACCGAGGACCUGGUGCUACGCAAGAACGUGAAGAACGUGGUGCUGUGCUUGCUGGAGCUGGGCCGCCGAGCCUGGCGCUUCGGUGUGGCGGCGCCGACCCUGGUGCGGCUGGAGGAGGAGAUCGACGAGGAGCUGCGGCAGGAGCUGGCCCUGCCCCCGCCGGACCCCCCGCCGCCCGAGCCCCCUGCGCGUCGGCCCUGCCACUUCCGCAACCUGGACCAGAUGGUACAGAGCCUCGUCAGCCACUGCACGUGCCCAGUUCAGUUCUCCAUGGUCAAGGUGUCUGAGGGGAAGUACCGCGUGGGGGACUCCAACACUCUCAUCUUCAUCCGGAUCCUCCGGAACCAUGUGAUGGUGCGUGUGGGGGGCGGCUGGGACACACUCGGCCAUUAUCUGGACAAACAUGACCCCUGCCGGUGCACGUCCCUCUCACACAAGACGGGCAGUUUCCAGAAGCCCUCUGUCCCACCGGUGCAGCAUGAAGUGAGGGUGCAGGAUGGGCCCUCGCUGCCUCAACCUACGAUGACUAUCAGCCGUUCCCAGAGCCCGCUGCCCCCCGUGGACUGGAAGACAUACACCUCUUCAGGCCGAAAGCUGAGGGCCCUCACCUCCUCCUCCCCUAGAGCCCACAGUAAAAGAGGAGCAGAGGCGGGACUCCCCAGAGAGGCAGCAUCACUCCUGAGGUGCCAGGAGAGGUCACCUACCCCAUCUCGGAGGCAGUUGCCAGCUCGGGACAGCCCACCUGGCCCCCAAUCCUCAUCCCCCCGUAGGAGCCAAGACCCACAGGGCACCUCCUCAGGGAAAAAGGAAGAGAGAUACUCCCCUGAACACCCCAGAGGAAGGACUCCCACAUCUUGGGUUCAUGACGGGAUAGACAGCCAGGGAACUCAUGCCAGAGCCCCCACCUCCCAGAGAUUCCGAGCCCCUGAAGCCACAGCCAAAAAGACACCAGUGAGAGGACCAUCCCCACUGCCUCGUUCCUCCAGCCCAGCCAAGCCCGUGAGCCUCAAGCCACCACCCAGGGGUGAGGCUGAGGGUGCUUCUGCCCAGCUCAGGGAGCCAGCAGCUGUCCGCUCUCCAACCCCUGUUAAAGGGCCCACCAAGAUCCCUGUCCGAUUGCCCCCUGCCCGCCCCCCAACUCCAGGAAGUAGCUUCCCAGGUCCUGGAAGUGUAGGUACCAUGACAGAAUUGGGGAGCGGAUCCAUCCCAGUAAGGGCUGUCACUGGGGACCCGGCUGGGUGGAGACAUGAGGACUCCUUUGUGGAUGCGAAGCAAGGCGACCUGAAGCUGGACAUCCAGGUGACAGCAAAGGCUGGGGAGCCUCGGGGCUUGGGCCCACACCAGUGGGAGGGGCUAUAUCCUCCCCUGCUCCUGGGUGGGACCAAGGAUCAGGCCAUGUACCACACACUCGAGGAAGAGCUUUUGACCAACAUGAAGCUGCUAGAGGUGGGAGUUGCCUGCCCCCAGGGCACAGGGUCUGGGGUCAUCCCUCGAAGUGGAGUCUAUGUCCCCAGCCUAUGUGGGCGAUGGCCUGAGCCUGGGGGUCCUUAUGACAAAGUCAUCCAAGAACUGGCUCAGGGUCCCCCAGCCCUCCUUAAAGUGGACCUGGGAGCCUGGAAGGCAACCCCUACAGGUUCCCCUAAACUAGCUGCUACCACAGGCCCAGGAAGCCCUAAAGGGAAACUGGGAGCCCUUAAGAGUGAGCCAAAGGUAAAGGCAAGCCUGAGUGCCAAGGUCACCAGAGUGAAGGUCCCGGCUCACGGAGGGCAGGACUGCUCAGCCCCUACUGUGUCUGCCAGCCUGGAAGCCCCCUCACCUUCAUCCUCGGACCCCAAUUCUGACAAAACCAAGGUAUGUCUGGGCAAGGCCAAGAGAACACUCCGAAAGCCCCAGAGAGUUCCAUCCAUCUACAAGCUGAAGCUGAGGCCCAGGAUCCGGCCCCGGAGAGACCACAGGCCCGAGAAGCAGCCUUCACGCAUCCCGAAGCCACUAGCCUACCUCCACCUGGGUUCAGCCAGGGCACUCCCCAGAGGCAGGCUGGUGAGAGCAGUGCUGGACAGCAAGGGAGUGGGGUCCCACCCAGUGGAUGGCGCCUCAGCAGGGGAGGAGGAAGAAGGAAAGAAGUGGAAAGAACCAGCUGCUCCACUGAAGAGCAGCCUCCAGGCUUUGGAGGGUGAGGGUCUCCAGCAGAUUGAUCAAGACCCACUCCAACCUGAGGAGGAGUCCUGGGUCUGAGGAGGGGCCUUCUCAGACCUGAAGCUGUGGUUCUGGGGAAGGAGGGAAGUGAAAAGGAUGCCAUGUAGCU